AUGACGAGCUCGUAUCUGAAGGCGCUACUUAAACUGUCCGGUGAUGAAGAUUUCGCCGAUGCGCGCAUGAGGCUCAUUGAUGGCCUGAACUGGGAAGAGCUGGAAAUCGUUGCCGUCGAAGGGAUAACCGGAUGUACCAACAGAAAGGUACGAGAGCGAUUGGUCUGCGCGAUGCUCAACAUUCUCAAAGAGAAUCCGAAUAUCGAGCCAAUGACAGUUCCAAAGACUGAAUCUCUGGGGUUUGUCCCCAUCGCACCUCGGAUAGACGCGACACAAGUAAAAGCAGCAACCCCUUCGGUGGCCAAGCGAAAGCGCGCUAUUCAGGACACAAAUAGCGAGCGACAGGAACCUGCUAGUAAGGCAUUCAAAAAUGAACCGAUUGGUGGCUCAUCGUUGGACACCAUCGACUUACGUGAUGACGAGAACGAUGACAAGAACGAGGACGAUUACGAGAGUGACAUGUGGGAAGCGGAUAACGUCAUACAUCCAUACGACUAUCGCCCCGCGAUACUUCCGACAGUCAUCGAUCUAGAAGAUUCUGUUAAAGAUGAAGAAGAAAGCAAUACAGUAGCGCCAGAAAUGGUGCUGUACGCGGACCAAAAUCCUGCGACGGACCCUCAGCAACCGAUCCAAAUCCCAGACUCAGGAUAG